UGUCUGUUUUCAAUUGUCAAAAGUAAUCAGCUGUGGUUGCUGUGGUUACCACUGAAAUUAUACAUAUAGAUAGACCAAUUUGAAGAUGAGCAACAUCAGCCAAUCAGAGAAGAGGACAGGCCGUUGCAAUCAGAUAUACAACUCCCACUGCCUGCAGGUUCCUCCGCUUUGUGCUCCUCAUUAUUCUGAUUCAGGCAGCACAGAUGAGCACAGAUCCUAUCAUAUGAUGGGCCACUAUCUGCGCGCAAACAUCUUCCCAUGGCCGCCAGUUGUGUGGUCAUCUCUGGCAAAGGACUCAUACUCUCGUCAUCCACUAUCAGCCUUCAUUCAUGAGCCAGAGCACUGGAAUGGACACAAAACAGAUCACUUAGUGAAGUGGACAGAGCAGAACUUUCUUGACAAGCGACUGCACAAGCUGCUAAAGGAAAUGGGGGUCAAGGGUGUGUCCAAAUAAGCCUGACAUUUCUGCAAACCACAGCAAAUAAAGAAUCACACCUUUAAACAAGUGUUUUCACAACACCCACAUAUGCAUGGAUGGUCUAAUUUCACACUUCUGUUUGUUGUGUACUUCAUGAGUCAAAUGCAGUGACUGAAAGGAACAGCAGACUUUGCGGCACAGGGAGCUGACAGAAAAUAUAGGCUUCUUUUUUGGUUUUUGGUCAUGGGUGUUUGUUGCACUUGAUAACCUGAUAAGUUUUAUUAGAAAGAUUUGAGAUGAUGGCUUUUUUUGUGACAAAUACAAGCGUGUGUCAUAAGUAUAAAACAGGGAUGGUGAACCACUGAAAUCUGACAGGAAUAUAUUCAAACUACAUGGCAUACAAGUUAAUUUUUGGAUUUUACAUAUAUAAAAUAUACUCACACCGGCCACUUUAUUAGGUCCACCUGUCCAACUGCGCGUUAACCAAAUU